AUGUCAGAAGCAUCAAAUACCUAUGGCGUCGAGGAUAGGCGCGCCCAUAACGACGAGCAGCCUCCCCCGGAACAGGAUACCGUUGGACCCACCAAGGAUUUAGAGGAGAAGGAAGAUUGUGGAUCUUCGUCGGUGAAGCUGUCAUCAGCGAUAUUGAACGCUGGGCCUUCUCAGUCAUCAGAACCUCACAAACAGGAAAGUAAUUUCAAUGAUUCACCAGAUGGUGGCUUAGCUUCCGAGGCGGAAAACGUUGCGGUUCAGAAGGACCAGCCAAACCUAAGUGAAUUAUGUCCUCCAGGAUUCGGCAAUUGUUUCGAAGAGUGUCAAGGACCAUCGCUCUUGUUUCUGGGGGGUGUACAAAAGAGUUUAGGUGGAAUACGAUGUCAUGUUCUUCGAGCUAUGCAACGGCGACUUGAUAUCGUGUUGGUCUUCCACAUCUUUUAUCGUGGCGAUGGAGCCCAAUCCCCCAGCGACACUACGAAUCUCCUGCUCACACAACUCGAACAAAUCGGACUCGGAAACCUCACUGCAGCAGGCUCUGCAGCACCAGCAUCUACGUGGUCGCCACCCACCUUGUCCACGAGCUUGCUCGCUGCUUUUGGGACCGUACUAGACAAGCAGUGGCUCAGGUACCACAAGUCGAAUAAAUAUGGCCGUGGCUCGCAGAAGGAGCGAGGAAAGCUCAGACAAGAGAAGUUCGACGGUCUCGUGAUUCGCGCAGACUUCUACUUCACCCGCGAAGGAAAAUUCGAUCCUGCGAACAUUUUCAACGGCAGGUUCGCAGAUGUCAAAUUAUCGUGCCAUUUGACUGCUACUCGCCACAACGACUUUGGCUUCUCUUCGGAUGAUUUCCUCACUAUUGUCGACAACUUGCGGGCAUUUGAGAAAAUGAUUCGACGAGAACGUGAUGCUGAAUUUUUAAGGACCAUUCAUACAGCUUCAGGUGUUGAUUCCAUCAGACUUGUUCACCAUUUAUUCACGCCGUUGAACUCAUCUGAGAACUCAGAUGAUCAACUCGCCGUUUAUCUAGAAGAUGACGACACUUCGACCGUCUUUCUCCAGACUUCAAGAUGUCGAACUGGCCAGUUGCAGAACGCUGCAGAUCCCAACUCACAGACUUCAUAA